CCAAUUCCUCUCAAUUCACUUCAAAGUUCUCUCUUUCCUUUUUCAAUCUCUCCAAACAAACACUUCCAUUUCUGCAUUCCUGAAUCCCACUCCUCCCAAGAAACUCUCCAAGAACUCCAUUUCUUGAUCCUCUUCUUCAUCUUCCAAUGUCAAACACAAGCAAAGACACUCACAUUGUUGUGGUCGAUGUCCCGACAGCCUCCGAAGAAGAUCAAUCAGCCUUGAUUCCAUCGCCGGGCACCACAAUGCAUCACCACCCUCUUACUGAGAUCUCCGGUAGCCCCGGCCACCUUCUCCUCCUGAAGCUAUGGCAGAGAGAAGAGGACCUAAUCUCUCGCCGUGCCACGGCUAUCGAAUCCCGUCUCGACGAUUCCAAACGUCAUGCAUUCCUCCUCUCAUGCCUCUUCCUCACCUUCCAUGCCAUCUCCCUCACUAUCCUCUUCUCCUCCACCCACAAAUUUCAUGAAAACAACAUCUGCAAGAAUUGGAUGGUCCCUUCUUUACUUUCCUUGAUAACUUCACUAGUUAUUGUGUCCUCGGUGCAGGCUAUUGUUUGUGCAUACUGGAGAGGGUGGAAGGAGCUGCAGAGGGAGAGGGGCGAUGCUCGGGCACUGGCUCGGUGCCUUCAAGAGUUGAGAAUGAAAGGAGCAAGCUUUGAUCUAUCGAGGGAACCACAAACGGUGAGACGGGCAAAGAGCUCGAGUGUUGAGGUUCAGUGGCACGGUCCUCUCAGGUGGUUCUCUAGGAAUCUUGUGACUGUCUUUCUUCUUUGUGUCUCUGGCCUCAUUGCGGCGGCAUCCAAGUUCAUUGUCUGCAGUUGAGAUGGCCUGCAUCUUUGUGUGUUCUUGACAUUGUUUUAAAGAUCAUGGUGAUCGGAAUGGAUAUGGAAUGCUGACAGAGAUCACUGCUUGUGGCAUAUAGGAUAUGGUUUUUGUUUUCUCUUCUGAAUUGCGCUUGGAAGAGUUUGAUUUUGUGAGGCUUUUUUUUUCUCGAAUAAAUUUAUUCAUAGUGGGAAAUUUGGGGAGUCCUGCUUCUCUCUUGAGAGAGCCUUGCCAGUUCUUGAAGCUUUGCUCAAUUGUACUGGUGGAACGUCAAAGGAAGAGUCUGAAGAAAGUUUAUGUUUUCAUUCUUUAAUUCUUUUUUUCUGUAAAAAGGUUUCUAAUUUUAAAUGCAAUAUCAAUUGAGUGCCUUGAUGGUGUUUUUA